AUGGCAUCUCGGGUAUCGGUCCGAACUUUGGCACAUGCUGCGCGAGCUGCAACCAGUAUUCCCCGCGUCACCGGUCUCUCUACCCCCACUCGUGCUUCACAAUUCUCUUCUGUCACCAGUGCGCGAGUCUCCCAAUACACUCGUCUUCAGUCUAUCUCGAACUUGAGGAGUUUCGCUUCAUCCGCAAGAAUGGCCGCCAACACUCGCAUUGAAACCGACGCCUUUGGCGAGAUCGAGGUCGCCGAUGACAAGUACUGGGGUGCCCAGACUCAGCGCUCGCUGGGCAACUUCAAGAUCAAUCAGCCUCAGGACCGCAUGCCUCCUCCCGUCGUCAAGGCUUUCGGUAUUCUCAAGGGUGCCGCUGCUGCCGUCAACAUGAAAUACGGGCUUGACCCCAAGGUCGGAGAGGCCAUUCAACAAGCUGCCGCCGAAGUUGCCGAGGGCAAGCUCCUUGAUCACUUCCCUCUCGUCGUCUGGCAAACCGGCUCCGGUACCCAAUCCAACAUGAACGCUAACGAGGUCAUCUCGAACCGCGCUAUUGAGAUUCUUGGGGGACAGAAGGGUAGCAAGAAGCCCGUUCACCCUAACGACCAUGUUAACAUGUCCGCUUCUUCCAACGACUCUUUCCCUACUGUUAUGCACAUUGCCGCCGUCCUUGAGCUCGAGCGCACUUUGCUCCCUUCAUUGAAGAGCCUGCGUGAUGCCCUUCAGGCCAAGGUUGAGGCUUUCAACCACAUUAUCAAGAUUGGUCGUACCCACUUGCAAGAUGCCACCCCACUUACCCUCGGUCAGGAGUUCUCCGGCUAUGUUGCCCAGCUCGACAGCAACAUCAAGCGCAUUGAGAACACCAUCCCUGACCUCCGUCUUCUCGCACAGGGUGGUACCGCUGUUGGCACUGGCUUGAACACUUUCAAGGGCUUUGACGAGGAAGUGGCUGCUGAGAUCUCCAAGCUUGCCGGAACCGAGUUCAAGACUGCCCCUAACAAGUUUGAAGUCUUGGCUGCGCACGACGCCAUCACCGAGGCAUCUGGAUCUUUGAACACUCUUGCCACAUCUUUGUUCAAGAUUGCUCAGGAUAUCCGUUAUCUCGGAUCUGGUCCUCGUUGCGGUCUUGGAGAGCUCCGCCUCCCUGAGAACGAGCCUGGUUCGUCCAUCAUGCCUGGAAAGGUCAACCCUACCCAGUGUGAAUCCUUGACCAUGGUUUGCGCUCAAGUCAUGGGCAACCACGUUGCUACCACCAUCUCCGGCAUGAACGGUCAAUUCGAACUGAAUGUGUUCAAGCCUGUCAUGAUCCGCAACCUCCUCCACAGCAUUCGUAUCUUGGCUGAUGGCAUGGCCAGCUUUGAGACGAACCUUGUCCACGGUUUGGAAGCUGACGAGAAGCGCAUCGACUCUCUUCUCCACGAAAGCCUCAUGCUUGUCACUUGCCUUAACCCCAUUAUUGGAUACGACAUGGCCUCCAAGGUCGCCAAGAACGCACACAAGAAGGGUCUCACCUUGAAGGCAAGCGCCAUGGAGCUCAAGGCUCUUAGCGAAGAGGACUUUGACAAGUACGUGCGCCCUGAGUUGAUGAUUAGCCCCAAGGAGAAGAAAUAG